AUGAACGAAGAGGAAGUGGACGCAGAAGCACAGCAAGAGGGCUUGUCGGUGAAGUUCCUCGACAAGAACAAGACUGAGGGUGCGGCUACGGCCGUUGGAGCAUCUUCAACUGGCACCCUGCAGCCUGCGCAGGCUGACCAGCGCAGCGAUGCAUCGAACAUCAUGCCGAAGAUGGAAGCAAGCGCUGGAGAUCAGCAAGCGAAAGAACGUACGCGCCAAAGCACUGCUGCCACUGCGACUGGCGUCGCCCCCGACCCGCGGUCCCCGCCGCCGACGUUGGCGCGCGUAACGAACGUCACGGUAGUCGGUACGUCAGCUGCCCUCUCCACUGUGCCGCUCACCUGGUCGCAAUACCUGUUUCGCGGAGCUGGCGGCGGCGUCAGAGCAGUGGCAGGGGCUCAGCGUGGCGGCGCAGCUCCUGUGCAGGGAGCUAGCAGUACUCUUCCACACAGCCAGAGCGACGGGGCGCUAGCGCGCGAACCGAAAACUACUGCCGGGCCACCAGCAGGUUUGACAGCGGCACCCCAGUCCUCCGUAUCUUCCUCGAUCUUCCACGCACAGUAUCUACCCUCGCUGGAGGAGUUUCAGCGUAAGUUGGAGGAGCAUAAGCACCGGCAGCACCUUCGCCAGCAGCAGCAGCAGCAGCCACCGACCUUGUCAGCCACCCGCCUUCAGCAGCACCUCCAGCAGCAGCAGCAGCAGCAGCAGCAGCCAUCCCAGUCCCGCCAUCGCUGCCGUCGCGCAGCGACGAACAAGACGUUCUUUUACUCGCCGACGCCGUCUGUCAUAUCCCUUGCCACUACCGCCGCGACAACAACCGUUAGCGCGAACCCUGCACAUGAAUAUUCUGAGGAAGAGCAGCAGCAGCAGCAGCGUCAGCUCUCGUACAGUGGCGCGACGGCGACAUCGCCGAGAAGCCCGCCAGUGCUGACGGCAGCGCGCGGCAACAGCGCAGCAGCCUUCUCGGGCGUGUGCUCAUCGUCGUCGUCGCCACCCUCUCCUCCGUCGUCCUCCCCCGCGUCGCAGACGCGUCGCCACAUUCACCAGUCUCACCACCUGCUUGACGGUAAUAGGAUUCCCCUGCGCCGCUGCACCUCCUCCACCUCCUCCCUCGACCACCUUGGCGGCGACGAUGAGGAGGCAGAGCCUGGAGUCGGUGCCACCGCAGUGAUAUCUCAGAUGUUGUACUCCACUCCUCACUCAUCGCGUCCGUCCCCUUCGCAGCCGCCACACCCCUCGGUGAUGAUGCGGCGAGCCGCCGAUCGGCUGUGUGCGUCCAUCAUGCACUCAUCGGCACGAGCGAAGUCGCCACUGCUGCUGCUGCGUACCCACGAUGUUGGCACCAACCGCGGCAGCAGGGCAAGCUCCGGCGCAGCCGCGCGUGAGGACGGCGAUGGUAACGAGAGGGGUGAGGAAGACGAGGAGUGGACUUCGAGCCGCCAUGGCACCAACGGCAGCGGCGGCGGCGUCUGGCCAUCGAGCUCCUGUCCGGCUUCACCGACAGUUAGCAUCAGCGCCAUGUCCUUCAGUCGUGUGUGGUCGAGAACCGUGAGCGGACGCGCGACCCCGCGCACUACCCUUGCCACCGGCGUCGGCAGCGGCUGCAGCUACGCCUCGCCGUACUCGACCACCAAAGGCGGCAGGAAUGCACGCCGCAGGCGCAAGGCCAUGUGCACACGCAGGCGGCGCACAAUGCGUGUCUACAUGCCUAGCAUCACGGAGGGGCCAAAGGCCGCGAGCCUGUACACCGCACCGACCGCGGAGGCACAGGAGCUGCUGCUGCUGCUGCAGCACCGCGCAGCGUCGUCGUCGUUGACUUCCGGUGUAACGGGGAGGUCCAUGGAUGGACACGGCGCGAGCACCACCAGCACCGUCUUCUCUAUGCCAUCCACGCCUCGAACGUACUCGAUGGUGGCUGGAGCGCGUGUACCAGCAUUGCCAGUAGCGACUACGUCAACGACGCCCCCAGUCCUGCAGCCGAGCGGCGUCGCUGCCCGUCCCCGCCCGAGCACGUUUGCAGAGGCAGCACGCGCAAGGAGUGGCAGUGGCAGCAGCAACGGCACCUCUGCCGGCGUGGUGGCGUCAGGACAGCAGCAGCAGCAGCGCAGUCUCGCAAACUCCAGCGUCACGCCCUCCAUGGCACCCCGAAGCCCCGGAGAAGCAGAGCGGACACCGUACUUCUUGACCCCAUCGCACUCCAGGUGCGCCCUAACACCACCGGCCCCCGCUCUCACCGCGGGCACGAGCUUCACUCGUCUUCCUUCACCACAGGCAAUCGUGAGUGAGGCCGAUAGCAGCACCGUCCGAGCUGCCGAUGGUUCUCCAGCCUCCGCUGUGCAAGAGCAGAACCCGCAUCCGUCCCGACCGACCCCACUGCUCUCCGCGCCACGUGCCUUUCACUGCUCCCUUUCCCCCCUAGUGCUGGGCGCCGGGUCGGAGGAGGUGCACCCCUUCGGCGGCAGCGCUGCAUCCUCGCCGCAAAGCCACGAAGCCGCCACGGAUUCCUCUAGUGCAUCCUGGUCAGGCGUGGUGCCAGCCCCACCACCGGAAGCAGCUGCAGUGCCGACGUCAAGGUCCUUUACUCCUGCUGGUAGCAGCGGCGGUGGCGAAGCUGGCGACGUCGGCAAUCAGGCCGGCGUAGCUGGCCGGGCUGAUGUUCCAAGAGACAUUCGGACAGACAGAUCAGCAGAGACGCAUCACCUUCAGUCGAGUACACCGGUAUCUUCAGCCGGGCCUGCGACGCCUGUGGAGCUUCCGCAGUGGGUGCGGGAGCGGCCGCUGUCCGCUCUGUACUAUCAGCCGUGGGGACUGGAGCUACUGGCACGCUACGAGGCGGCACGGCACGACCAACAGCUGAUGAGAGCGCGAAUAGCUCGUCGUGUGAGACCGGGUGUAGGCAGCAACACGACCGCAGCAACUUCUGCCGUAUCAGAGGUCGGUGUUAGCGGGAACGAGAAUAAGCCGCCAAGCUCAGCUGCAUCGAUGCACAACAGCAGCGUCACGUCGCUCUCUAGCAUGUCCUCCCCCUCCGCUCCCAUCUCGUCCUCAUACAUGACGUCGACGACUGCUGCAACGACGGCCGCACAGCAUGCGCCUGUGCUGUCGCGCUCCUCACUCGGUACAAGUCGUGGCGGCUGCGCCCACACAGUAAUUGCGACGGGUGCCGGAGGGCCGUCACCAACGCCAUCCCCCAGCACUCCUAGCAUCUCCUGGGCAGCGGCACUUCGUCAACCACAGCGCACGUACCUCACCUGCAGCAGCAACAACAGCAGCAGCAGCGGAGGCGGGUUCGGCUUGACCACAGCGACAACGGAGGCGAGCAAGAUUACCGCAACGACAACCAUGAACAAUUGCACCACCACCACCACAACAACAACAACAGCAACGGCAGCCGUGACGCUCUUGCAGCAGCAUCCACUGCGGCGGUCACCAGCGGUAGUGCCUGAGUGGCCACCAGAGCUCUCAGCUGCGGAGGAGAGGGAUGCCUGGGAGGAGGCGUACUACUUUGGCAGAGUCGCUGCGCCGUCAUCACCCUCACUGCCGCAGUCGCAGCCGCAGCGACAACAACUCCCGGCGAGUCAUUCGACGACGAAACUACUCAGCCGUAUGCUGAAAGACACCAAGCUGGGACAAGCAGAAGGCGAGAAUGCGUCAACGACGGCAGAUUUAGCUGGCUGUAUGGCCGGGUCCUCUGGUCAGGUGGGAGGCAGGGUCAGCAGCAGUCGUGUGCCGAGCACGGCGGCGGCCUCGGCAGCGGUGCUUAUGCGGCAACAGUGGUGGCUCAACAAGGAAAUACAGCCUCCGACACUGUACCUGAGUCGGCAGCGGCGCACGUCGCGUCGUCGCUCUCGGGCGGCGUAUCCCAGCGACACGUUCCGCAGCAGCGCCGCUCGUCGCGCCGGCGCCACCUCAGCUGCUGCGGAGCUCUUUCACAAGCGUAAGGACGCCCAUUUAAGGGCGACGAUCGACGCGACCGCCGUUGCACCGACUUGCGUGGAAGCAGUGGGAGAAGCGGCGCCUGUGUCCAACGCAGCGGUAGACCCGCCUGCCGGCAGCAGCUCUACCUUCACAUCUUCUGCGGCCAGAGGUGACCUGACGCUGUACAACGACAGCUACCCGCGCAAGAAGGCCGCACAGCUGUUCUACCCGGUGGCCUCCCUGCACAGCGGAGGGACACCGCCGCUGCCGCCGGCGCCGCCACACUUUUUCGACUCCGACCAUCGCACCCACAGCGAGGGCACUGGCACGAGCAGAGCUGCGGCCGCCCUGCUGCCGGUGUCUGCAUUAGGGGACACUGAUGCAAUGGAGCGAGGCGGUGACAUUGCCGACGCACAGCAGCAGCAGCAGCAGCAGCAGGAGGUGGAGGAGGAGGAGGGCAUUGAGGUGGGCAGCAGCGCUGCAGGCGGGCAGAUAACGAUUGAGACAAGUGCAGCACUGCAAGAAGGCAAUGCCGUCGAGCAGGUGGUCGAGAACGACGGCGCAGAGUUGGACGCGGCUGGGUUAGGAUUCGGAUGGCGCCCACCGAAUCGGUUGUCGACUGACGAUCCCCACCGUGCCGGCAGCGACUUGGUGAGUGGGGUAGAGUCGGACGCGGCUGCGUCACGGCCACGUGAUGAUGUGGACGUCAUCUUCUUCCUUCAGAAGUUCAUCCGUGCGGCGCUGAUCGUCUUCAUUGCGCAGGUGCGCCUGCGACAGCUGCAGAAACAGCGGGAACGUGAACUGCAAGCCGACUCCCUCCACAGCGCGACGUGUCCUGCAGGGGCCUACCAACUGGACCCGCAAGCUCAGGGGCAGUGGAUGAGACUCAAAGGCCGACACGGUGGUCACCCCAGCCGUGGUGAGCCACCGGCGGCAGCAGCAGCAGCGGAGGGGUCUGAGGAAGGGGGGCUGUCGAAGCUGGAGCGGUGCGCCUUAAGCUUUGUGCGCCGCUACAUGGCAGACUACCGGCACAUGAUCACCGCGUACGUCAUGCGCGACGACCGCGAGGUAGCGCGGCGCUCAGCGCAGGCAAUCUUCUCCCCUCCUCGAUCCGCUGCUUCGGCUCUGUCCACGUUGCUGUCGUCGGCGGACACUUUGACCGGCACUACACCAGGAGCGACGGACAGAACAUCCAGCCCAACGCCCGAUCCCCUGUUCCAGCAAGACGUUCUCGCACGGUGCCUGAACGCGGCUCGCGUGACAACAGCGUACGAGGAGGCUGUUAGAGCGGCGACGUGUGACUUGCCCUGUAGCGCAGAUGAGAACCCGCCGGCGACGCCGCUCGACGACGUGGAGUCACUUCGCACGGCGCAGGUGUACAUCAGUGGUAAGGACGCGGCGUGGCAACCACUGCUGAUGGAGCUACUGCAGGUGAGUCGCAUCGUGCAAUGCUACAGCGACGGGCCGGCUGUCACGGCACCGGCGGCAUCUGUAACGACACCACAACAGCUUCUGCUGGAAAAUCUAGAGAAAUUCUUGGCCCAGCCGACACUGCCGCUGCUUCGUCAUGCUGGGCCUGACCCAGCUGUAACUGCACAGGCGCUAGCGACAACUCUGGCAAGACCUGCUGCUGCCUCUACAGGCACCAUCACAGCGGCGUCGAGCUCUCUUGCAUCUGGCAUGCGCACGACGACGACUCCGUCGCUCACACCGGUGCAGGAGGCAGCAGCUGCGCUGAUGGUAGAGGAAAGCGACGCCUUCCGGAGCUACCUUCUCUCCGGCUAUCUGAGAAACAAAGCCGCCGGCGAUAGCACCGCCUCUGCCGCCACGACAGAGACAACGACGUUGCGUCACAGCCAGAGUGCGCCGACGCUGUCAGCCAGGGCAACGCAGCCGCGGCAGCAGCCACUCUUGUCCUCCACCGCAGCGAUGCCCUCUUGCCCAGUAACAUGUGCGAUGAGCCAGCAGCCGGAGUCGCCGAGUCUGCUCUUCAGCACGAGUUCGCUGCUGCAGCCCUUGGUGUGGUACCCGUACGCUCACAUGCCAGGCACCGCAAACCCCUACGCUGAAGGCACGGACCCCAGCACUACUCGCAUAACCCCAGCCCAGGCCGCCACCGCGUCCUCCAUGACGCUCUAUGUGACGAUGCUGCCGCUGAGCGGGAAGCUGCUGUGGCGGUGGGUCGUGCCCGCUGAGGACACAGACAACUUCAACCUCUCCGUCUUCUUCCAGUCGUCGCUUUUCUCCUUUAUGCAAGGCGGCCCAUUGCCGAUGCCGUCCGCCGCACCCGCACCCGGGGAAUGGACUGCGGCCGCCACAGCAGCAGCAGCAGCAGUUGGCGCGGCUGGAUUCGUUCCCACACCGAUGACGGUGUUCACGGCACCACCACCGUCACCGCACCCCUCGUUGACGUGGCCACCAGCUCUAGCCGCUCGCAUCGACACGCAGCUACGCAGCGAUGCCUUCAUCAGCGCAUGGGGUGAAGUGCCACCGCCAUGCAUGUGCGGCACUGCGGCGACAGUGGAUGGGACAAGCCAUCGGCUCUGUGCGGGUGGGUGGGGUGAACUGCCGGAGGUGACGCUCGUGCACUGCUCUGCCGGCAUGCACCGCUCGUGUGGUAUUCUGAUAGCAUUUCUGCUCUGGCUGCUAUACCAGUGCCGGCAGGUACUGCGCACAGAGCAGACUCUUGGUCUUCACCCACUGAGCGGUACGCGUGCCCCGGCACAACCACUGCAUGCUGGCGCCGAAGCCGCUGACGAUGCGGCACUGAAAGCACUUCUGCUUGACGGCAGGGACGCACUAGCACCCGCGGAAGCCUCCGCUGCGGAUAUGGACGCAUCGUGGAUGACGAGUUGCCUUCUUCAGCGCGCCAUACGCCACGUCCACCAGCAACGCAGCAUCGCGGUACCCAUCCGCACGGUGCAGUGCCUGCUGCAGUCCUUUGCGAAUGAGCUGCAGCUCACUUAG